UCUGAUGCUUUCAUCCUUUGAGGAAUUACUCGCAUCUUUCUUGAUUUUGAACAUCCGAGUCUCGAGUAUUUCCAGUCCUCAUUGCAUAUAUAUCGCUACCUGGGUUCUCAAAUUUCAUUUCAGUUGCUCUGCAAUCGUCUCAUAUUACUACUACGUUGACUAUCACCAAACUACAAGCCAAAACAUCUAUCCCCUACUCCAAAUCAAACCAUCCUCCACUUUACCACCUUCAAACCUACAUCAUGACCACCCUCUUCUGCUGUGAUUCCCCCGAGUCCUUCCGUCCCCAAAAACUCACCCACCAACAAAAAUUUACCACCUUCAAAGCCUGGGCCGAAUACCCUCGCUCCUCCUCCGUCACAACUCCCACUGACCCAGAAGCUGACUCAAACCCCAUCACUCCCACCACACCAUACGCCAUCCAAUUUGUUCGACAAGUCAACUACGGUCCUCUUGAAUCCAAACGCUACUUCAUCCCUGAUGAAACUUCCCCAGGAGACUUCAUCGAAAUCACCGAACAACAUCUUAUUCAAGCUAAUUACCAGAAGUUGAAUUCAUACAAAAACUUCAAAUGCACCUCUCAUAAUAGAUUCUUCGAGGUAAAUAUGUAUCAGAAAGAUCCGGUGAAUGUUCAUCACUGGCGAGCGAACAUUGCCCGACCGGCAGGAGAUAUUGAUCUCUGAUGCGAAUGUGGAGGAGAGAGGUGAGGAAAGUGAUCUGUAGUCGUGAGUUUCUUGGAUUGUGUUGUUGGAAUGUGUUAGUUAUUUGAGGGGAUAUCUUGAUAUUUGCUGUGCUGUACCACGGGGUUGGAUUGCGAUUUUUAUUUAGUAUGUUUGGGAGGAAAUGAAUAGUUGAUUUGUAGAUUUGUACGGAAUUUUGUACGGAUGUGAAUAUUUUUGAUUCGUAAUUUCAUGAUUUUACUCAUAUGUAUUCG